GCACCGAUCAGUUGCGUCUGUAUCCACGUGUCCUCACAAGGUACUGGUUCUCCUCUCCUGUCUUCCGCUCUCCAGUCUUCAGCUGCUCUCAACCGACUUUUGGCGAAUAUAUAAAGAAACACAUCGAACGUUUUCUUUUCAUUCUGUUACGGACUAUCUCGUCUCGACCAGCUAACGACACAGUUUGCCCCCAGCUGCAGUGAAACACAAGAGACAAACACAGAACUAUCUGAACAGAAACGCAUUCUCGACAAGUGAUUGGACGAGUCGUGAUUGACUUUUUGUCACUUUCGCAGCGGCUUUUGGCUGUUAGACCCCCAGUGUCCGACUGGACGAGGACCGAGCCGUCUCCUAGAGGACGGCCCAUCGCUGUACUACGCUCAUUUUUUGGCUGCGCCGAAAUCUUGUGCUGACACAUCGCCACUCGGCAUUUUUGCCAAUCACAACUACCUGUUGAAUCAUCCGAAGCAGCAAUGGCAAAGUUCUCCGCUUGUCUGCUGCUCUUGGCGUUGACCGCCCUUGUCAGCUGUUGGGCUGAACCAGAACCUGCCGGUCCCAAUCCGCACAUUGCCGAUCAAGCUGAAGAAAGAACAUGGGGACAUCUUCGUUCCGGAGGCAACAGUUACGGCUAUAGCGCACCUAAGGCACCCAAGGCUCCUAAAGCCUCUUAUGGCGCUCCUAAGGCUCCAAAGGCUCCUAAAGCGCCAAAGGCAAGCUACGGCGCACCGAAAGCUAAGGCUCCCAAGGCCCCAAGACCCGCAUACGGUGCCCCACCCAAGGCUAAGGCUCCUAAGGCGCCAAAGUCUUCGUAUGGAGCUCCUUUAGCUCCCGCUUACGGAGCAGCUCCUCAGCCUACUUACCACGCUCCAGCACCGCAGCCGAUUUACCACGCUCCGCAACCAGCGUACGCUGCUCCUCAACCGACUUACGCCGCCCCUCAGCCAUCGUACGCCGCUCCUCAACCGACUUACGCUGCUCAACAGCCGGCCUAUCCUGCUCCUGCCCCUGUUUAUGACGCAGCACCGGCUCCGAUCUACAAUCCGGAACCAGCUUACGCCCAGGCUCCAGCUCCCGCUUACGUUCCAGAGCAAUCGUACGCCCAGGCUCCAGCUGCGUCUUACGCACCAGAGCAAUCGUACGCUCCAGCCCCGGCUUAUGCUCCUGAACCGUCUUACGCUCCAGCUCCAGCACCGUACGUUCCAGAACCGUCUUACGCACCAGCACCGGUCUACGCUCCUGAGCCAUCGUACGCUCCAGCUCCGGCUUACGUGCCCGAACAGUCUUACGCUCCUGCUCCUGCCUAUGCUCCUGAGCCAUCUUACGCUCCUGCCCCAGCUCCGUCUUACGCCCCGGCCCCAGCCUACGCUCCUGAGCCAUCGUACGCCCCAGCUCCAGCUUACGCUCCCGAGCCAUCUUACGCUCCAGCUCCUGCAGCUCCAGUCUACGCUCCUGAGCCAACUUACGCUUCAGCUCCUGCCCCAGCUUACGACGCUCAGCCAGCAUACGCUCCGGCUCCUGCCCCGGUUUAUGAGGCCCAACCAAAUUACGCACCGGCUCCUGCCCCGUCGUACGCUCCCGAACCGACCUACGCUGCUGCUCCUGCUCCUGCCUACCCCGCCGAGCCUUCCUACGCUCCCCAACCAUCGUACGCUCCUCAGCCACAACAGUCUUACGCUCCUCAAACUUACGCUCCUCAACCGGCUUACCAUCCGGCUCCAGCCUCUUCGUACGGUGCUCCGGCCAAGGCCCCGAAAGCAACUUAUGGCGCCCCGGCUAAAGCUAAGGCUCCCAAGGCACCCAAAGGACAGUACGGCGCUCCAGCCAAGGCCCCUAAAGCAUCUUACGGCGCUCCGGCUAAAGCUAAGGCACCCAAGGCACCCAAAGGACAAUAUGGCGCACCGAAAGCUAAGGCUCCUAAGGCACCCAAAGGACAGUAUGGCGCACCGAAAGCUCCCAAGGCACCCAAGAAACCCAAGGGAACUUAUGGCGCACCAAAAGCCCCCAAGGCACCGAAAUCCUCUUACGGAUCGCCCAAGCUGCCCAAGGCACCCAAAUCUACUUACGGACCCAGCAAAUCCAAGUUCAAGCUGCCCAAGAUCAAGUUGCCUAAGAUCAGCUUCAAAUCCAAGGGCAAAGGACAGAGCUACGAAGUUUUGGACCCACCCUACCCCAGCUACGGCUACGAAGACCUUCCGGAACCCUACCCCAUCACUUUGGUGUACGCACAGCCACCGGUCCACCCUCAGCCAGCUCCUCAACCGGCCUACUCCCACCAGCCCCAGCCCUCUUAUGCUCCUCAACCACAACAGUCUUAUGCUCCUCAGCCAUCGUAUGCUCCCCAGCCGUCUUAUGCUCCUGCUGCUCCUCAGCCAUCUUACGCCCCUCAGCCAUCAUACGCUCCAGCUGCUCCUCAACCAUCUUACGCUCCUGAACAAUCUUACGCUCCAGCUGCUCCUCAACCAUCGUACGCUCCUGAGCCAUCUUACGCUCCUGAGCCAUCUUACGCUCAGGCUGCUCCCCAACCAUCGUACGCUCCUGAACAAUCUUACGCUCCAGCUGCUCCCCAACCAUCGUACGCUCCUGAACAAUCUUACGCUCAGGCUGCUCCUCAACCAUCGUACGCUCCUGAGCCAUCUUAUGCUCCUCAGCCUUCUUAUGCUGCCCCUGCUCCUCAACCUUCUUAUGCUGGCCCAGCUCCUCAACAGUCUUAUGCUCCUGCCCCAGAGCCUGCGUAUGCUCCUCAGCCAUCUUACGAUGCUCCUGCCCCGUACGAAGCCUCUGCCGCUCCGGCCGUGCCCUCUUAUUCUGCCGCCGCCCCAGCUCCUGCUCCGGCCGCCAUCCCCGAUCAGGUGUACUCCGCUGCUCCUGCUUCGGAUCCUGUCUACGUUCCAGCUCCGGCUGCAGCCCAGAAUUCCGCUCCUGGCGCUUCCAGCUACUCUAUCGUCCCAGUUGCCCCAUCGCACGAAAAUUGCGAGUCCUGCGCCACGAACCCAUGGGUACCGCUCGGCGGAACUCCCGUCUAUGGCGUUCGCCCCGAAGAUGUUCGCUCUGCUCCUUCGGCUUCUGAACCAGUUGCAGCUCCUGAAUAUGCUCCUCGCACUCCCGAAUACGCUCCGUCAGCUCCCGAAAGCACUCCCGCUGCUCCUGAAUACAAAGCUCCUGAAUACACAAUCCCUGAAUACACAGUCCCUGAAUACACAGUAGCCGCUGCUCCUCAAUAUGAAGCUCCCGCUGCUCCUCAAUACGAAGCUCCUGCUGCUCCUCAAUACGAAGCUCCUGCUGCUCCCCAAUACGAAGCUCCUGCUGCUCCUCGAUACGAAGCUACCGCUGCUCCUCAAUACGAAGCUCCCGCUGCUCCCUCAAUACGAAGCUCCUGCUGCUCCCGAGUACACUCCACCAGCUCCAGUAGCCGUGUCCUACUCGGCUCCCAUCGCUGUUGAAUACACGGCUCCGGCUUCGUACGAUUCACCUGUCGAAGAAUCGAUCGCCAUUAGCCAGCCAGCCAUUGAUUCCGACGAGUCCUCGGCUCCUUCGGCUGAAUCGUACAACGAUCUGGUGUCCGCCUCUCCUACCUGGGCACCCGUUGAAGAAGCACCUCAACCAGCCACGCCAGAAAUUGUCCAGGAGCCCGUUCAGGCCUAUUUCAUUCCGGCCGAACCGGUGGCCAUUCCAGCCGUAGAAGUGCCCGCUGCCCAGAAUGAAGAUUACCUUUUGUUGUCACAACCGGAGAGCACAUCGGCGCCAUUCAUUCCUCUACCUGUUGACGAGCCUGCCGUCGUGUCCGCCGCACCGGAGACGUACACCUACUCCUCUUUCAGCGUGCCCGAGGUAGUGCAGGAGCCAGUCGCAGUUCCAGUUGAAGUGCCAGCCACUGAGCCUGAACAGUACGAGCCCGUCCAGACCUACGAAGCAACCCGUUGAGGAUGCACCUCAGCAAGUGGCCGUGUUCUUUAGCGCACCCGCUCAACAGGUGGUGUCCGCACCGGCCGUCGAUUACCUACCGCCGUCAGCGUAAGUUCAAAAAGAAAAAAAAAAAAUUUCUUCAGUUUUUUUUUUUUUU